AUGGAGCUGCCGGCGACUGACCUCAGGAAGGGCAGUUGUGGCAGCAGGGGCUCAGAGGCUCCUCGGGAGAGACGCCCGCCGGUGUCUGUGGCGGCGCUGCUCCCCGCCAAAGGAAGCGAGGAGCGCCUGGGCGGCUGCACUCAUAAACAGUUCUGCGUUCUGGUGGGGAGGCCACUUGUUAGCUACACAGUGAGAGCCAUGGAAAGGUAA